AUGGAAAUUGGUUUACCAGAUGAACAAGGAAGAUCACUAAUAUUAAAAAUUAAUACUUCAAACAAAUUGUUUGCAGAAAUCAACGGACUUGUUAAGAGUGCUAGUUCAUUUGCAUUUAGUAGACAUGUUAACGUAGGAGUAAUGCAAGAUGUUGAAGAUAUGAAAAUAAAUAAAAAUAGUUUUCUAGCAACAUUGAACGAAGUACAUUCAGCUUUUGGUGUCAGUGAUGAAGAAUUGCAACAGUGCAUCCAAAAUAAAAUUAUUCAAUUUGCAUCACAUAUUGAGGUAGUAUUUUUAAAGUUUAACAGACCCUCUAGCAGUUGUAAAACAGCAUUGGCAGUUACAAUGGCAAUGGCAUCAGAAUUUCCUUUUAUCAAAUUAAUUUCACCAGAAAGCAUGGUUGGAUAUCCAGAAUCAGCUAAAAUGAUUGCAAUAAAUAAAGUAUUGUAUCCUUUAUUAAUCCAUUAUUUUAAAAUAAAAAAUUUGUGUAUAGGUUGGGUGCCUAUUGGUCCAAGAUUUUCUAAUUCUGUCCUACAAACACUAUUAGCUUUAUUCAAAAAAAGACCACAUAAAAUAACCACUACCAAUGAAAAGUCAGUUGUUCAACAAAUGGAUAUGUCAGAUUCUUUCAAUUCUGAAAUUGAAGUACCAAAUAUUGCUGAUUUGAGUUCAAUUGAAAUUAAAACUAUUGAUGAUGAUAAUUGA